GAGUCGGUAGGUGGCAGUCAUGUCCUAUUUCCAAGAUCCACAUGGGAGGAAACUAUUUCUGUCUGCUCUCUCAUUCUUUCUUUCUGUCUGUCGUUUGCUCGAUGAGUUUUAUUCCGACAUGUUCAGAAUAACAACCGUUUUACUUUUUUUUUCUCAAACUUACCGAUGAAUGAGAGGAAAGCAACAGGUGAAUUAGUAAAUAUCAAGAGAGCGCUGACCGAGGUGCGUAAAAGGGUUUCCAGUUUUUUUUGUUUUUUUUUUGUUAUUUGUUUUUUUUUUUACUUUAGAGCUGCAUGAAGACUGUAAAAGAAGGGGCACAAUUAUCCCAGGCAUCGCUGCCUCAGUCUUGCGGGUGAGCCACCUGCAGUCAGUCGCGGAGCACAUCUAGUUGGAGUUGGAGGAACAGCUUGUCAGUGGGAGGUAACCUUACAUGAUCCCCCUUAUCAAUACACUGUCUGCAGGUGCUUUACUUGAAACGCUGAGAGCUUGAGGCACUUUGAAAAGGACGAAUGAAUGCAGCGUACCUACGUGUAAUGGAACUGUCUAACUGAAACAGCUUAAACACUCCGCAGUCCAGAGAAGGGGGAUGAUAGCUGGACAAUCGACGUCUUUUGGAAAUGCACGCCAAAAAAAUAAAUAUAUUCUGUUACAUCUAAAGGAGGCUUCAUGAUGAAAAUUGUCGGAACGAAGGGUUAUUGCAGGAGACAUGAAUGCUUUCAGUGAACUGUGACUCCCCUCCAGACUGGGUGCGGAAAACGCGCAGGAAUUGAGAUUUCUUUCCUCAGCUCUUUCAGACUUAAAAGCUCUAAAUGAAGAAACAUGCCAGGAUUUUUAUUAGCCUCACUUGUUAAAGUGAUUAUUUUAAUAUGAAGAGCAACGAAACUUGAAUGGAGAAUUUGUCCUUUUCUAUACCCAACUUCUUCACUUAAUCUGUAGGAUAACCGCACACAGGCGAAAUAGUGCUUUCAUCGACGAGGGGAAGCAGAGAUAAGCAUUCCCCUCCAAAAAAUCUGCGUUGGCUCAUGCUCUGGAAAUUCAAUCAGGCUUGAUGACUAAUACAUUUUCUUAUAGGGACUUGAUAAAAAGUUGCAUUUGAAACGUAAGCGAGCGGGACGUUAAUGCAACCCCACCUCUGCCUAUGAAAGGGGAAACAGUUCUGCCGUAGGGUCUAAAUGACGAGCUUUUGAGGAUGUAGCUUUGAUGUGCCUGGACAUUGACCAGCAUGAGCUAAUGGGUUUGGAAAGGUCAGUUUUUAAGCUCUGAGAGAAGACAAAGGAUCCGAUUCAUUUGACUCGUCAGUUUUUGAAAAUCUGGGAGCACAUCGCCUUCUCAACAGGAAGAGUAGUUUGAAAAAUCGGACUUGUCGGGUGCCUCGGUUGUGGUAGCCUAUGCGUCUUGGAAGAAGAGGAAAUAUCCUUUGCUUUGCGGGGUAUCAUCACUGUGACACCUUAACAGCACGCCAUCCGGACUAAUGUGUGGAUUACAUACCGCUUGUUUUUAAAAGUAGGAACACGAUGUCUCUGACAAGAAGGCGAUACCGCGGAUUUUUGUAAAGGCGUCUGAGAAUUGCGGAAUUUUUCUAUGCAGUUCUUUUUCGGGGGUGUGAGAGUCAAAGAGUGACCGUUUACCGACCAAAGCAAGAGAGAUCCUCCAUACCUCUUCUUGAAAAAAUGCCCUGCAAAAACAAUGCCACUCAGCCGCUCCCCUCAAUGCAUCCUCACCUGACCAAAACAGUGAGCUGGAAGUUUUAAACUGCUAACAUGGCCAGCCUAUUGGACUGGAUGCUAACGUGAAAAUGACCAGAACCUAUUGGACAUGUUUUUGAACUGGCAGGUGUGAACUGAACUAGACAUGGGACCCCGUUCACCUUCUUCCUAGGAAAAAUGGCAUAUGGCCCAAAUCCUCAUGAAAAAGAGUGGAAGACCAGUCAAUGAAUUAUGAAUGUUCAACAAGAUGACCUCCCCUCAGCAGCAGCAGAUGAUGCGAGGUCCUAGGUGGAACCGGGCCUUGUCCGACCCUUUAUUUGUGCUGCUUCUAGCCCUCCAGCUGCUGGUGGUGGCAGGACUGGUGCGUGCUCAAACCUGUCCUUCUGUUUGCUCCUGUAGCAACCAGUUUAGCAAGGUUAUUUGCACCCGCAGAAGCUUGCGAGAAGUUCCGGAUGGCAUCUCUACCAACACACGCUAUUUGAACCUUCAAGAAAAUCUCAUACAAGUCAUUAAGGUGGACAGCUUCAAACACCUAAGACAUUUGGAGAUUCUGCAGCUGAGCAAAAACCACAUACGUAAAAUUGAGCUAGGGGCUUUCAAUGGACUGGCAAGUCUCAAUACCUUGGAGCUUUUUGAUAAUAGACUUACCACCAUCCCAAACGGGGCAUUUGAGUACCUGUCUAAACUAAAGGAGCUUUGGCUUAGAAAUAACCCAAUAGAAAGCAUUCCUUCUUAUGCUUUCAACAGAGUUCCCUCAUUACGAAGGUUGGAUCUAGGGGAGCUCAAACGGCUCUCAUACAUAUCAGAGGGAGCCUUUGAAGGACUGAGUAAUCUGCGCUACCUAAAUUUGGGAAUGUGCAAUCUGAAGGAGAUUCCCAAUCUCACUCCCUUGGUAAAGCUGGAUGAACUUGAAAUGUCUGGAAACCAGCUAUCUGUUAUCCGGCCUGGUUCAUUUAAAGGGCUUAUCCACUUGCAAAAGCUUUGGAUGAUGCAUGCUCAGAUCCAGACCAUAGAAAGGAACUCAUUUGAUGACCUUCAGUCACUUGUGGAGCUUAACCUGGCCCACAAUAACCUUACGCUUUUGCCCCAUGAUCUCUUUACUCCUUUACAUCACUUGGAGAGGGUGCACUUGCACCACAACCCAUGGAAUUGCAACUGUGACAUCCUCUGGCUAAGUUGGUGGCUUAAGGAGAUGGUACCAGCAAACACCAGCUGCUGUGCCCGCUGCAGCUCACCCACUCAGUACAAGGGCCGAUAUAUUGGUGAGCUGGACCAGAAUUACUUUCACUGUUAUGCUCCUGUUAUUGUGGAGCCUCCUGCAGACUUAAAUGUAACAGAGGGAAGUGCCGCAGAGUUAAAAUGUAGAGCUAGCUCAUUGACCUCUGUUAGUUGGAUUACACCCAAUGGUUCAAUAAUGACACAUGGUGCAUACAAAGUCAGAAUCUCUGUGCUAAAUGAUGGCACAUUGAAUUUCACUAAUGUUACCAUGCAGGACACAGGUACAUACACAUGUAUGGUUAGUAAUUCUGCAGGUAACACAACAGCCUCAGCCACACUGAAUGUGUCCUCUACAGAAAACAGCAGUUUCAGCUACUUCACUACAGUGACAGUAGAAACAAUAGAAACACCUCAUAACGAAGGCUUCACCACUACUGUUCAACAAAAAGUGGGCCCCACACCCUCGGCUGGUAUAUGGGAAACUCUUUCACACACCUCUACAACAACCACAACAGUUCGAACCCCGCUCUCCACACGUGCAACAGAAAAGACUUAUACAAUUCCUGUAACAGAGGGCUCACUUAAUGGUUUGGAUGAAGUUAUGAAGACAACUAAAAUCAUCAUUGGCUGCUUUGUCGCAAUCACUCUUAUGGCAGCAGUCAUGUUGAUCAUCUUUUACAAGAUGCGCAAGCAGCACCACCAGCAGAAUCACCAUGCACCAACACGCACUAUUGAGAUCAUCAAUGUGGAUGAGGACUGUGUCACAGGGGGCCCAGGCAUGGAGGGCCACCUUACUCUGCCGUCUUUGGAGCAUGAGCAGCUCAACCACUACAAUACCUAUAAGAUUGCCUACAACCAUGCCUCUGCCAUGAAUUCCAUACACAGCUCAGCGCACGAACCUUUGCUUAUCCGAGCCACCUCAAAAGACAAUGUACAAGAGACCCAAAUCUAGUACUUUUGACAAACUCAUAAAACUUGGCAUUACACAGUGGCAUUACUGACAGGACAGUACUGACAAUUGGUUUGAAAGACUGUCGCUCAAACAUGGAGGAACACACUCAUGUUUAGCAAAUCACUGGACAGUGAUUUUCAUUCAAUUUGGGAUUUAGAACAUGUCUACUGUUUCAAAAAGUGUCUUUACAAAACAGAAGUUAUUUAUUUAAGAAAAAAUAUUGUGGUUGAAUCAAGAAAAAAAAUUAUUCUGCAAUUUUUCCAUCUAUUAAUACAUGGUAUUUUUUCCUCCUCUCAUGUGAAAAAAUGGUUUACAAAUAUGCUUAAACUCUUUUACAGUACAUCAGUUCAGAAAAAAAAAAUAAUUAUCAUUACUUUUUAGCUGGUAUUUUAGUAUAAUUACAGUUUGGAUUUGAAUGGGUAACUUAUAUUCUACACCUAUGAGGGAAAUUUAGAGCACAUUAUGGGUUUUCUCCAGCAGUGGAUUAAAGUGUGACCGUCAAAGACAUGGUUGCAUAAAGCACUUGACAGGACAAACAUGUUAGUUAUUAAAUCUGAUCAUAAUUAAUUGUUUAAUGAGAACUGUCACAUACAUUAGGCACUCUCUGCUCUGUCAUCAAAAGACGAAAGGUUCUGGAAAAAGGGGAAUAGAUCCUGUUUAUGAAAGCUGUUUAAAAGGCUCAUUACUAAUGAUUUCAUUUUCUCUUAAAUUAAAUGUCAUUGAUCUAAAGGUCUUUCUGUCCCCAAUGUGUAUGCAAAAUACAAUUAUAUUUAUAAUCUCAAAAUUGUCUUGACUCAAAUCCAUGUCUACUUAGGGAGAUCCUUUUAUUCUUAUAAAAAAUAUACCAUUGAUUGCAUUAAGAAUUACUGCAGUUAUUAAAGUCAUAGCAGCAUUAAUAAAUACUUUAGAAACACCAUUGUAAUUCAACAGGAUGGGAAUAGUGUCAGUGACGAUCAUAAGUCCUGGCAAAAUUUCCAUUGCUUGAAAUGUUUCCGAUGUAUUCUGACCUCACAUAUACCUUAUAAUGCUGUGUUCCGGUGCAUAUUAAGGUGAUUGCUUUGAAGAACUUUUUUUCAUGCUGGGACCUGUUACUUCUUCUGCAGCACUGCCAGGAGUACUGUCAGAAUCAGUCACGAGCUGAAGAAAAACUUAAACCCUUUAUAAAGCUGUCUGACCACAUUGCUUGUCAUCUAUGUGCCACAUUUUCACAUUGAGAUGCUUGGCAGCCCCAGCUUCACACUCUGCCUCUGCCAACCAAAGAGCUUGGUCCUGAGUGGCAAGGCUUAUGCUACAAGAGGCUUUACAGUCAUGCAGAAUGUGUGGGAUCAGGCAUCAACCAGAUGUUAGAGUUGCACCUGUCUCUCGUCCAUUCCCUUAGCGACAACACAAUUUACAUUUUAAUUGAUGUGCCCAUGGGUUUUGCAUGGACACAAUUCUGCAGACACUCGUAUUCAGGACACCAUGAAUACGAGUCCCUACUGUGAAAAAUAGUGCCAAGCUCAAUAAAUGUGUUUAGGCAGAUGGUCCAAGGUUUACAUUUAGCGAGUCCACCGUUUUGUUUUUUUCUCAAUUGCAAGAUACAUUUAGUCAAUGGCUCUUCUGAUUACAUUAAAGUGACGUGACAUCUAUGCGUUCAUAGUACAUUUAAUUAACUUGAAAGGUGGAUCUCUACCCUGGACUCUUAGAUGAAUUUGAAGUGUAUUUCUCUUUAUGAAUCAUGGACUAAAUGUUUCCCCCAAUUUUGGUUAAUUGAUGAUAACACAAGAAAAAGGUGGUAGUAAUCAAAGAGGUGUCAAGAAAUGUAACACUGAUUUAAAAAAAACAAUGCAAAAGUUGUAUGAAAAUCAAAUAAUAAGAUUAAGGUUAAAAUCUAAAUUGUUCAAAUGUCUAUGUAUUUUGAAGCUCCUACUCUCUGCUUUUGUCUAAAGCACACAUCAUUGGUCAUAGUCCUAAACAUAAAGCAAAUCACAGUGAUGUUGCAACAAAAGUUCAGUACCACUAAGUAAAACAACUGGUGGGUACACAAAACAAUCUCACAGAAGCACUAUUAUAUCUUCAUUAAAGACCUUUUUUAAUUUUGCUUUACUCAAAGACAAAAAACUGCUCCUCAUGUAGCCUCUUUGCUCAAAAUAUGAAAUCUGUCAAGAUAAACCAGGGAGUCAUAAUCCAUACAUCCAUUCAUCCAUUGUGUAUACUCACUUAUCUUAUCCGUAUAUGAUUAAGGGGGGAGGCUGGUGCCUACCUCCCACAGUCACUGGGCAAGGGGCACUCUCUGGACAGGUUUUCAGAAUAUCACAGGGCACCACAGAUACACACAGGAAAACCACCAUGCACAUUCCUAAGGGAAAUUAAGAGAGACCAAUUAAUCUUAUAGUGAUGUUUUUGGACUGUGGAACGAAGCCCAACUAGCUGGGAGAACACAGGGAUGCAAGGGGGGAACAUUCAAGCUCCAUGCAGAAAGCCCCUAGACCGGAAUUAGAACCCAUGACCAUCUUGCUGCAAGACAACUGUGCUACCAACUGCACCCGGUGCAGCCUAUGAUUCAUAAUAGUGAAUAUUAAUUUGUACAGGCCUAAAACUAUCUGCUGUACUAAUGAUUUGGGACUUAACAAAUAUCUUCAUUUGUAGGGAAUAAUAUGUGUAACAACAUUACAAUAACAAUAUCAAAAUCUAUUGAGAAUUCCAAUCUAUCUAAAUAUUUAUAAAUUAUUAUAUCUGUAUUUUGUUUGUCAAUGUCACCCCACAGUCCAAAGCCCAUCAUCCACCUACCAUGUCAAUUAAUGAAUUAUAUUAAGGGGCAGUACUAACAUACCGGCUAUUUUUCCAAGACUGUCAAAAAAGUUCUGAUUUGUUUCUUUGAAAACAUAAAGAAAUAAGUGAUUUAGGGUGCAGUACGCAACAGUUAUGUGGCAAUUCUUGCUUUGGUUAUAUUAUAAACAACUGAAUUAAAAAAUGGUUAUCCUCAAGUUCUACACAUUUUUACCAGCUAGACAUAUCACCCCUUGCUUUUAUAGAGUCUGGCACAUUUGUAUACCACAGAUUGGCCAAGGUGUCUGCCCUUGUUUUGUCUAAGUUCUUAUAGGUGGAAUUUAGGAUUAAAUUCUAUGUUCUACCAUCUUUUUUUAGUUGGAGGAAAGCUGUCCGAAAAUUUCAAUGGUUAAUCUGUUGCAUUUUAGUCAAGCUGUCUCAUGUAAGAUAUCUGAAUUUUUUUGGUCAGUAUUGCUUUUUUAAAAAAACGUCCUUUCCCUUUGAUUCUGAGAGGGAAUGCUGUUUUAGUGGUAGAUUUCUAUAAAAUACAUUUUAAGAAUAAAAUCAGAAAAAAAGCUUUUUUAAUUAUUAUUUUUGAUUUUACAUGUGCCAACAACCUGUUCAAAAAGUGAAAAUAGAGAAAUAUGCUGUAACAGAAUAAGAGAUUGAUUUUCAUGUAAGCAUUCUUUCAUGACCUUUAAAAGAUAUGGAGAUUGAUUAUAGAGACCAGUUUGUAGUUCAUACACAAAAUAUGGGUAAAAUAAACUAUUGCUGUUUUUCUGUA